CAAAAAAUGUCCAUAAUCCAAACCCUCGCAUCGUUCUACCCGCCUCUCUCUGAGCGCACACCUUACCCGCCCCUUUAUCAACUCCUCACAUUUGCUCUGUCCCUCAUCCCCUUCUUCUUCCACGCACGCCGUUUGGUAGCACUCCUCGUCUUUCCUGUCCUACUUCUACUGUGUCUUCGCGCGCCAUGUUACACGUUCGGCGACCCCUCCCAAGACUACUACAACACGAGCAUGUUUGUCGCGAUGCCAAUCUGGCUUGUGGAGUUUGCGAUCUUGAGACCUGUAGAGGGAGAAGGGGCGCCUGUUUGGGUGGGGAGAGGCGGUGGGUUGAAAGAGAAAGGAAACAAGGGGAAAGGCACUAAAGACACGGCAUCGGCCUGGGAGACGUUGUUGUGGGCGAUAAGCUUGAUGAUUCCAUCGCAUCGCGGCAUUGGAUGGAAUUGGCAAGUCAGGCAGAUUCCAGAAGACCCUGAUGAGAGUUUGCCAAGGUGGAGCUAUGUGAGGAGGCAUCUUCGGAGGGCCAUUUUGGCAUACGUGUAUUCGACGAUCAUGCUGGUGGUACUUGGGUUUGCGUCUGCACUGGAGAAGAAAGCAUCGCCAAAAUACGUGGUACAACGUUUUCUCGCAAACACAAUCAUUGGAUGGUCUGGCGCCUUUUGGGUCUUGAACCGUAUUCUUUGCUUCUACAAUUUCUGCGCUGCAGUGUCAGUCGCAUUGGGUGUGUACGAGCAGUGGCAGUGGCCACCACUUGUGGGGAGUCUGAAGGAUGCCUGGUCGGUUUCACAGAUGUGGAGUGUGGUCUAUCAUCAAACGAUGCGGGUGAUGGUAUCCCAACCCGCCCGCCGCAUCACCUACGCCCUAGGUAUCUCAAAAGGCAGCAUGACAUCCCGCCUAGCACAACUCUACCUCUCCUUCGCCAUCAGCUGCCUCGUGCACGAGUUCGAAAUGUUCAAUGUAACGCGCAAAGACAUGGGCGAAUUUGCCUUCUUCAUGUCUCAGCCUAUCGUGAUCACUCUCGAGAGCUGUGUACAGUUAGCCUGGAAAAAGGUGACGAAGGCAAAAGGCGUUUUCAAAGACGUUGCCGUAUGGACUGGACAUUUCUGGGUGGUGGUGUGGAUGUCUAUAUGCCUGCCGUGGUAUGUGAAAGGCUUCAGAGAUGCUGGGAUUACGAAUGAUGCGCUGCUUGGGGGCAAGCCUAUGGCUUUAGGAUCAUCACUGGCUGAUACUUGGUGAUCGUAGCGUCAACGUAUAGGUCGAGCCAUCACGGUCAGUUGCCACACUCAGAAAAACGGCCACGCAAGUUGAAAUCGAUCGUCGGUGACAGAUUGACAUACAAGUCAGUAUAAUGGAGUGAGC